AGAAGGGACAACAGUAUAGACAACUCGCAUCCGAGGGAAGGUCGAUGGCUUGAAGGCUCGGUCAUAUUGACAACCGAUGUUCUUUCCCGUAAGGUGGCAUUGACAAGCCCAAAGGCUUGGCCGCAUCACCGCAUCAUUGGAUUAGGUAGUCGCCGACCGACUUUCGAGGAGGGCAUCCAAUCCUUUCGGCCAAGGCACUUUUGAGUACUAUACGGCGCAGACUUCACUUCCCAUAUCGCCGUCGCCGAACCUGUCGUCGAAACACAGCUAUUCCUCCGUUUCAUCAACAAUCGCAUUAAUUCAAUCCUGCCUUUUCUCCAUAACUCUCACUCCCCGAACGCAAACACGAAGCGAGCUUGCCCAUCAUGGAUCCGUCGCCGAUGCAGUCGCCCAUGUCAGCUCCUACACAGAAUGCUCCUGAAGCAUCAACUUCAGACAUCCCUUCGCAAUCGUUGGCAUUCGGUGGGAGUACUUACAACACGGCCGACAAGCCUCGCCCCCUUGCCCAUUCGUUUCCACAGCUCCGACGACAACAAUCCCGCUCGUAGAGCCUCCGUCCAGUUCAUGCCCAAUGUGAGAGUCGCUGGAGGAGCAGCUGAAGCCAGCCGUAGCCGGAGUCGUAGACCGGUACCCAUCAAGGAUAGCUCCAUCAACAGGCGACUUAGUAGUCCUCCACCACCUACGCAGUUCAAGCCUCGCGUUAGUUUCGACACGUUUGACAAUCGCGACGCAUCUGACUUCUCCCUCACGCUGAGUCGUAAGCACCGCGAAUACGAAUACACCAAGCGUUCGCGCACCUUCCUCUGUGGUACAGAUACCAACGACUAUUCCGAUACUGCUCUGGAAUGGUUGAUUGAUGAACUUGUCGACGAUGGCGAUGAGGUCGUCUGUCUCAGAGUGGUUGAGAAGGACAGUAAAGAGGCAGCCAAAUGGGCUGGUGGUGGCAGUGACAGAGGAGGCAGAGAGCGCAGUUACCGUAAGGAGGCCAACCGCAUGCUUGAACGUAUUGAAGAGAAGAACACCGAAGACAAGGCCAUCAACAUCAUCCUGGAAUUUUCUAUCGGCAAAGUCCAGGACACGAUUCAACGCAUGAUUAGAAUCUACGAGCCGGCAAUCUUGGUCGUCGGCACCAGAGGUCGAUCUCUGGGAGGCUUCCAAGGACUGCUACCGGGUUCCGUGUCCAAAUACUGUCUCCAACAUUCCCCAGUCCCCGUCAUCGUCGUACGCCCCUCAUCCAAACGCGACAAGAAGAAGCGCAAGAGACUUCAAGAUCCUACCCGCCGUGGCUAUCGCGACAUUUUGGACAAGAGUGACAACACUGCCGCCAAUGACGCAGGCUAUACCCUGGACCCCCUACACCGCCUCAGCAUCAUGCCAGGCGACGGCCUAGGUGCCCUACCCGAACUGGAGAAACGCGACGCAGAAGAGGAAGCACGCAUGGUCGCCGAAGCUAUCGGAUAUCGCCCAGAUCAAAUCGCACCGGACGGAGAGCCCCUUAGUCGCGUAACCUCCGCACGCUCAGACGUUAGUCGCCGCAGCGGACGCAGUGGUCGCAGUGGCAGUUUCGGCAGCAAUCGUAGCGAAAGUCCCGAAACACUGCGCUCUCCAUCCCGCGGACUGCUACAAUCUCCCCAAUUACGCGCAGUCGCCGACUCUGGCGCCGAAAACUCCGAAUUCGACGAUUCCGACGACGAGCACAAUAGUGCUGCAGCGCCACACUCUGCAUACUACGAAGCUCAAGAGCGAUCUUUGCGCGAAGCCAGAGAACGAGCACUCAAAGCCGAAGAAGAGGAAAAGGAACGAGAGAGGCAGGCCAAAGAGAGUAAAGAGAAUGGGAGAUUGGGGGAUGGAGGUGGUGUUUUGGACCUGUUGAGUCAAUUGGGUGGAGGUGACGAUGGACCCAAAGGAUCGAGCAAGGGGAAGAAGUCAAGGUAUCCCAUUCCUUGAGUUUUUUUCCAUAUUGAUACUUUUGUGUGGUCUCGUUCUUUUUGGUAUCAGAGGAUGGGAUUGUGAGCGAGAGUUUCUUUUCGUGAGAUACCGGAUUAUGUGGAUAUAAUUUUCAAUUCUUCUCUCCAUCUG